AAGAACGCUUGCAAAAAGAAGCCAUGCCCGAGAAAUGCGAUCUGCCAAGUUGGUUUUUCCAGUGAAGGGUAUAGAUGUGUCUGCGUACCGGGUUACACAAGUGAAGAUUGCACUGAAGGUGAGGCAGAUAUACGUGUUCAAUAUCUAAGUAUUAGCAGUCACUUAACGAUUAGGAAAGUCGGUCACCGUUGUUUUGAAUAAAUUCUUUAGUACUCUCCUCAUGCACUUUUUUUUUAUUUUUUCGUCGAGGAUGAAGAGGAAGAGCGGUGAACUAUGAGAGAAAACUAGGGAAGGAAGCAUCGAGGGAACUAGGAGGGGAGCGGGGGGGUAGGUAACGAUAGGUCGAAAGGCGUUUAUCCGGAGGAGGAUAUCCUCAUUGCCGCUUCUAGCGAUGGUGAACGCGAUGAACCCUCUCUGCAAUGCAACCCUGCCAGUAGCUCGAAACGUUUACCGUUCCUGACGGUGCGACUUCUUUCAUUAAGUUCAAAAUAAAAAGUGACGUAGUUGCUAAGAGGAAGUUAAAGUUGGUGAUUUCACGAUUUUUUUCUGUAUGAGGUGGCUAAGUAAGGUUGCAUAGUUGCUUUGCUCAUUAGAUCUUUUGUUUCGCUACGUUUUCUUUACUGUCGUUGUCAAGGUUUUCUUUAAGUCCCUAAUAAAUUAAAGAUAUGCAGAUCCUAACUCAUUGUGUUCCGUGCUUUACUAGAAGUCUGUGGUCUCGAAAUCUCUGUAAUUGAAUUUUUACAUGAUCUUUUCUUUAAGACGUUGAUGAGUGUAAUCUAGGAGAAAACAAAUGUGAUUCAAAUGCUGAAUGUAUAAAUACCCGUGGAUCCUACGACUGCAAAUGUAAAGAAGGAUUCACAGGAGAUGGCCUGACGUGCACAGGUGGGUGUUAACUGAUAAUCACCAAAUAAAAAUUACAUUAUCCAUCAGCCAUUCUACAUGCAGGCCGCGCCUCAUUCCUGCCGCAACACGAGCAGGGCUAUGAGCCCUAUUAUUCAGCUUUUACAUGCAAGUGCAUGUGGCAUUUAAUUUAUGGUUUAAUGACUGAAGGAAUCCUUCUUACUAUUUUUCAGUGUGUUUCUCCCUCUCCCUCUCUCUCCCCCUUUUCCCCUUUUUCUCCCCUCUCUUCUUACUCCAAUGCUCUCUCUCUGUCAUAAUCCUAUCAUUAGACUCUCUGUGUGUCUGUCUUUUUGUCUGUCUGAUUAUCUGCACUUUCAUUUUGUUCGUAUGUUUAUUUUCCAACUGCUUGUAAUUCCUUAUUAACAUUAAAACGUAAAAAUCGGAAUUCAGUUUCAUUUUCAUUCUGUGGUGAGAACAGUAACGGAAAUAAAUGACGAGGGUAUGUUUUCCGACAAAAAGAUUAAUUUUCUGCAAUCUGAACCCUAAUCUGAUCGGCGAUAUUUGUUACUCCUGAGCUACUUCUGGCGCCAAUAUUAGCAAAAACUACAAAAAGUGAGAGGCACUUAAAUGUAUAAUUUGCCGUUGAAAAGUUUUCAUUUUAGCUUAUUUAAGCUUUUUUGAGGUGAACCCUUAGCUGUUCAAUUUAAGCAAGAAAACAGAUGAAACAAGCCGCUUCUUCUGACCACCCCGCAUUAAACGAGAGACACUUAAAAUGCACAACUUACUUCCACUUUUGAUAAUUUUUCAAGUCAACUUUAUCUGAGCUGACUGAUGAUUUCCCCAUUUCGCCCUCGUUUAGGCGCCCUAAUCUACAUAUAGGUCAUCGCCAAAACUCAUUUUCGAUUCGGGUGUGCCUUCAGUGCAAGGGUGGCGGGAUUCUCGUUGUAAAAAUUAAUUUAGAGGACUGGCACUCGCCCUAUAGUGAAUCUAUUCUUUCGAGAAAGAAGGUAAUGUAAUUGGAAAGUCAAUGCCGAGCUGGUUAAAAAAUUUCCCUAUGUUUUACACAACAUCGUCGCUAUAAUGUGUCAAGUCCCUUUUUAUAUUAGAAAGGGUGGUAAUAAUGCAUAACAAUCCUAACGAUAAAUGAUGAUGAGUUCUUGCAAUCAAAGUCAAAAAAUUGUGAUUAGCAUUUCCUCUUUAAAUUACUAUUUACUUUCCAGCUAACGGUUGUUAUAACUACUCAACUCUGAGGGACGCUAAGAGAAAGAGUACUUACGAAAUACCCAGAUAUAGUGAAGGUGUGUGUGACAACUGGCUAUCUGAGGGAUGGUAUCGUUUUGAGGGAGCCGCAGGGACAAAAAUGCCAACAACGUCAGUGGAUGAUUAUCACUGUAAUACAGUCUUCCCAGGUUGGUUGAAUGGUGCUGAACCUACAGUGGGAGAUGGUGAAGUGUUUAGGACGGUCUGUUUCACCAGAGGUGCUGACACUUGCAAGCAUUCAAUUACAAUCGUAAUGAAAAACUGUGGAUCCUACUUUAUCUACAAACUAGUUCCACCUCCGGCUUGUAAUUAUCGCUACUGUGGCACAGACUAA